CCGGGCCCCGGGAGUUUCACCAGUGCCUUGCGAUCUGCUGUUGGGGAUUGUCAGUUGCUCUCUGCCUCAGAUGAUCGAUACAGUAACGCGGAAAAGAGGAAAAGAGUGAAUAAGGAUCAGACUAUUAUCGUAAGCUGAGUAAGGGAAUCGCAGGGACGCCAUGGCUUCAUCGCCCUCGGAAAGUGACGCUCUUCUCGGGGGGCGUCACUCCCCCCCGCCGCGGUACUCCAGCAUCAACCCCUUUGAUGCAACUGAGGAAAAUGACGCCAAUAAGGCAGCCAAGCACUCUGGUGCUUCUGCUAAUGUUGAAAGUCGAGGUCCUAUCAACAGUGGUCCUCCGGCAGGUCACCACGCAGGUCAUCACGCAGGUCACCAUGGAGGUCACCACGGAGGUCACGUGCAGCAACCUCCCAUGCAACCAGGUUGGUGGUCGUGGAUACCCGGUCCUGCCCAGUACUUCCCUCCCGGCCUGGAGCACCUGAGCCACGUCGGCGAGCUCACCAUCUCGAAACAUGGUCAGUCCUCUGUAAAUAACGCUUAUCUGAUGGUGACUGAUUUCGUUUCCUCGUGUAGCUUUCGAAGCUAUCACGUUUAA